AUGAAGUUCUCUUGUUGCGCUUUGCUGCUGAUAGCCACAGCAUGCCUGGCCCAGGCAGCCGUGAAACGCAGCGAUGAUGGGAAUGCUGCCCAGCUGAGAUAUCGCCUGUUGAGGCAGCCAAAUAAGCUGGAAGGACGCAGUCUGACACAGCUGCUGGCGCUGAAGAACGGCACACCGCCAUGCCCCGCACCAACGGGCACCACCGUGACACCCUCAACAACGACAACAACGAUUACGCCCCCAGAUACAACCACCACAGGCACAACCACAACAUCGCCCAUUUCAUCGCCGACAUCAAGUUCAUUAUCGAUACCCAGGAGCUUCAUUGAUGAUUUGCCCUACGGCCGCUCAGGCUCCGGCUCCGGCUCCCAGGUAUCCAACAGCGCCGUUCUCAAGGAGUUCGAGUUCCGUCGCCAGCAGGAUGAGAACAAGGCACUGCGCAAGCAACUGCAGUCAAUGCGCCGUCGCAACACCAUGAGCCGUCGCCGCGCCCAGGAAAAGCGUCGCCGCAUGCGUCGCCGCCUCAACCAGAAGCGCCGCUCCCAGUCCCGUCGCAGCCGUCGCAACCGCAGCCAGGCCAGUCGUCGCCAGCGUGCCGCUCGCCGUCGCCAGCGUCGCAACAGCCAGCGUCGCCUGCGCCGCAACCGCAAUCGCAGACGCACUCGCCGCGUCUAG